CCAGGUCAUAUGAUCCGUCUUCUUCCUGGCUGGCGUCAACUUUCGCACUGAGCGACUCCCAAACAAACGAACAUGGCGGAUUUGGAGGAGCGGCAGAACCUGCUGGAAGAUGAGGACGAGGACCGGCAGACCCCCAGAGGACCCGGCAGACCGAUGCUGCCCAUCUGCGACCCCAGUCACCUGCUGCACCGGGUGGUCGUCCUGGUCUUCAUGUGCUUCCUGGGGUUCGGAAGCUACUUCUGUUAUGACAAUCCAGCUGCACUUCAGACUCAAGUCAUCCAGGAUAUGAAGCUGAACACUGCCACGUUCAUGCAGCUGUACGCCUGGUACUCAUGGCCAAAUGUGGUUCUCUGCUUCUUUGGAGGAUUUCUGCUCGACAGGGUCUUUGGCGUCAGGCUGGGGACUAUCAUCUUUUCUCUCUUUGUUUGCGUUGGACAGGUUAUAUUUGCUUUAGGAGCUUUGUUCAAUCGCUUCUGGCUGAUGGAAGUUGGACGUUUUGUAUUUGGUAUUGGCGGAGAGUCCUUGGCUGUGGCCCAGAACACGUAUGCAGUCAGCUGGUUCAAAGGCAAGGAGCUAAACCUGGUGUUUGGCCUUCAGCUGAGCAUGGCCCGACUGGGCAGCACAGUGAACAUGAACAUCAUGGGCUGGGUGUACGGGAAAGUUGAAGACCUGGUUGGUUCUCCUGGGCACACUGCGCUCGGUGCAUCACUCAUGAUCGCUGCGGUAACCUGCCUGUUUUCUCUAACUUGCGCCUUGGUGUUGGCAUUCCUUGACAAAAGAGCCGAGAGGAUCCUUCAAAAGGAACAAGGAAACACAGGCGAGGUGAUCAAGCUGACAGAUGUGAAAGACUUCCCCAUCACCCUGUGGCUCAUCUUCAUCAUCUGUGUUUGCUACUACGUCGCCAUUUUCCCCUUUAUUGGACUGGGACAGGUGUUCUUCAUUGAAAAAUUCAACUUCUCCCCAGCUGAAGCCAGAGCUGUCAACAGUAUUGUGUACAUCAUCUCCGCCCCUGCAUCUCCAGUCCUGGGCUUUAUAGUUGAUAAGACGGGGAGGAAUGUGAUUUGGGUAUUAAUUGCCGUGGUUGCAACACUCUGUGCCCACAUGAUGCUGGCCUUCACCUUCUGGAACCCGUGGAUCGCCAUGUCGCUGCUCGGUGUCUCAUACUCCUUACUGGCCUGUGCACUGUGGCCCAUGGUGGCCUUUGUGGUGCCUGAGCAUCAACUGGGGACGGCCUAUGGCUUCAUGCAGUCGAUCCAAAACCUGGGACUCGCUCUCAUUGCCAUUGCAGCUGGAGCCCUCCUAGACACCAGAGGAUACCUGGUGUUGGAAGUGUUUUUUUGCGCCUGCGUUUGCCUUGCUCUGAUGGCAGUAGUGACGCUGUACUUUGUGGAUUAUCUCGGAGGAGGAGAUUUGAACCGGUCAGCAUCAGCCAGAGCCAAACUCCAGAAAGAAGCCACUUCAGCCGCAGAAUGAUGAUGAUGAGCGAACACACAUGGUCCUGGGCUUCAGAGCCAGCAAGCUGCACUGUUCACCCCACAGCUUUCAAUCUACUGCCAUGGGGCAGGACUGCGGUUCUGACUCCACCCAGUGAUCUCAUCUGUGGUUCUUCACACCAAAACUGACUGUCUGGCAUUGGCUAUUGCACAACUCCGUGUAAAUAGCUGAUUGCAUCCAUGUCAGGACACUGACAAAUGACACCGGACACCACACUCAUACUGACUUUAUUUCUGUCCAUGUUCACUCAGCUCCUGACUCCUCUGUGUGUCUAACUUCAGCAUGAAGUUUCUUCUGCAGUUAUAGAAGAAAGUUAAGAUGCUUAAAAAGUGUUUUAAAACAUUUAAAUGUCAGAACUGUUAAUCAGAAGGUGUGUCUAGUGGGAAGGUAGAAUUCCUGAUGAAAGUUACUUCAUUUUAUUACAUACUAUUCCAACUCAUGAUAUAGAAUUCCUAUAGUAAGUCAGUUUUUAAAGGUAUAUUGGGGUGACUUUGGGUGUUUUAAAUGCUUUUUAUUCUCUUACUGUUACUUGCCUUAAUGCAGACCACUCAGCAGCUCACUUAUGUGCAUAUCAUCUGUCAGCAUUCACAAUAAUUACCAACCAAAAUCCUCCAUAUUGGACUCUCCUUAGGCACAAUGGGUUCAUCUUCAAUUUUAAUCAUAUGCAUCAUUGACCUUUUAUGGUGGAUAAUCUCAAAAAGAGCAUAGCUCUUUAUUGUUUAAAUCUUUAUUGCUCAGUUCUUUUAUUUCUUAAUUUCUUUAUCUGCUGUUGGCUGAUUUGCGAGGUUCAUAAAAGUUUACUUUCUGUCGCAUCAUCAAAUAGCACAUUACUGUAAAGAUAAGAGAAAUAGAAAGGAGCUCUUUUGAAUGCGUUUAUCCGAGUAAUGACAUUCCCAGUUUCAGGUUUUAUGAACUCCUUCAUUAUUGUGACUUUUUUUAAAGAAUCAGUUCCACAUUUGAAUUAUAUUUUGAAUAUUGUGUUUUGCUCAUACAUCAAGCUCAGGUAAUUAACUUGUUGUUACCCAAAUUAAUACUGACUACAUUUGAAUGAUGCAGCAAAAUACUCAAGCACUCUGCUUAGCUCUCACUGUUCCAGUAAUGUGGAAGCAGAUUUGUGUUGCUGUGCUGAUUUCUGGGUUGCAGACUGUGGAUGAUUAACAUUCACUACCUCAGUGGGGCAAAUGAGUCCCAAUUAAAUUCUUAACAGAACAUUCAACAGAUGUAGGAAGAUGGUCAGUAUAUGAAGGUAUAACGGAAGGAUUGCACAUGAAAAUGACCACUGUGUCAAACGUUUCGAAGCAUGCUGCUCUACUCACCUGUCAAUCAUUUGCACUUUGAGGUAUUGGACAGCAGUGCGGUCUUUGUUUCACUAUAAAUAGUUGUGUUAAACUAUGACAUGUUAUUGACCCAUCUCUGUACAAAAUGAUAUGAUUGUACAGCUGACAGCAGACAUGAACAAACGUCACUUAGAAGUCUUUUUGUAGAACCAAGUCACAUUUGAUACCAAGAACUAUGACAACCAAUAAAACAUUGUUUUUAAAAAAAAAAAAAAAAAAGAAUUUGAAUUCUCAUUUCAUUGCUGCAGUAGCUUUUCUCGACGAUUUCUUUGCUGGUAAGUUAUUUUCUCUGCUUUUUCGCAGCAGAUUGGGUCAUUAAUCCUACUGAAAAUAUUUGCAUAAUUGUGCUCAUGUUGGCUGUAGAGAUGUUCACGGUGGUCACGUUAUUAUUCUUGCAGGAUUAGAAGGCAGCCCAGUAAGAUGACAUACGGUGAGCUUGCUAGACUGAUGCCCAUGUCUGCUUUUGGUUUACGCAACCGGUACCUCUCCAGAUUGGGCACACAGGUAUACAGACGCACACACACACCCUUUAGGAUGAGACAUAACUCAAACAUAAAUCCAUUUAUUAAUUCAUUGAACCUGUAUAAUCUGGACACUGGCAAUAGUUUUACUUAAAGAUUUUUACUGCUGCAGUGCUGCUAUUUCAACUGUGGUCUUUUUUUUCCCUCCCCCUCUUCAUUUAAUCUGCCUUUGUCUUCUCUGCUCUCAGCUCCCAGACCACUACUCUACCCAUCUGUCAUCACUUUCCCACAGGAGUGUUCUGAAAUGAUGCCCUUUCAUUCAGUGGUCCGCUUGGUAACUUUGUGGCUCCAGACAUGUAUGCACUAAAAAAAAAAAAAAGAAAGGACACCCUUUUUUUUUUUAAACAAAAUGUUAUUGCACUUCAAGGUGUUUUAACCUUCACCUGUUCUGGGUAUUUAUAGGUGUAUCUGUUUACUGGCUAAUUUCUAACACGAUAGAUUAUUUUUGGAUCAGUCAUCAGGGAAAGAUGGCUAAAAAAAACAUCAGAAUUAUUUUUUCCCCUCAGGAAUUUGAAUCAUAAAAUUAGACAGAUUUUUUCAUGGUGCAUGAAUGAUUUUUUUAGGGUUUGUUUUAGAGGUGCAACCCUCUGCAAACAACAGAUGGCACCACUUCCCUCAAAUGUUUAAUGCCACCUCUUGCCUCAGCAUCACUGCUUUUUAAUUAAAGCCUUAAACCACCUCAGUUAUCAGUUCCUCGGUUUUGCUUAACUGACAAGUUACUAGAAUAAGUUCUGGUGAUCAAAAAAAGUGGCACAACUGGUGAAGUUUUCUGGUUUGUUGAAUGUUGACAUGCUUUUUAAUAUAUAUAUAUUUAAAAUAAUAAAAUUUGUUAUAAACCACA